GGCAUGAGAAUCGAGCGCGUAUAAAAUAGAGCUGCCGUGAAUACAACUAUUCAAUACACUUUCUGCUUUGGAUCAUACCAGAGGAUAAUUGAAUCUAAUAAUAUCUGCUACUUUAAGUGUUAAUAAGGUAUAAUUGUUGAAAUUUAUAAUUUUGUUAUAAUCGUGAUUCAUAAAAAAUGGUCGUCACGAAAAACUUGGGUAUAAUCGACAAAGUUUCUAAAGUCGAGAGCCAACCUUUACAUCAUGUCAAUGUUCCUUAUGAAAAAGCUACUUUUGGAAUGGGUUGCUUUUGGGGCUGUGAUUCGCUUUUCGGGGCUACCCAUGGUGUUUUGAGAACCUGUGUUGGAUACUCUGGAGGCACUUCAGACGCUCCUGUGUACAAAAAUAUGGGCGAUCACACGGAAGUCAUUGAGAUUCAUUACGAUUCUUCAAUCAUAAGUUAUUCGGAUUUGCUGGAUCUGUUCUGGAAUAAUCACGAAUAUGGACUGACCACUCGCAUCAAGCGGCAAUACAUGUCACUUAUUCUGUAUCACAAUGAAGAGCAGCGUCGUAUUGCAGAGGCAAGUCGUGCAGAAGAGCAAAUAAAACGGGUCCCCGAGCAAAUCAUCACCGAAAUAGCAGCAGCCGGUAUCUUCUAUCCCGCCGAAGAUUACCACCAGAAGUACCGUCUACAAAGUCACCGCCAAUUGGCCAAAAACCUGGGCUUGACUCCGGAAUUGUUGCGCAGUUCACAUGUCGCUGCCAGGUUGAACGGUUAUCUGAUUGGUGUAGGUGGACUGGAACAGUUUAAUAAGGAUGCCGAACGGCUCGGCCUCAGUGGGGAACAGAUCGAGUAUGUGCGAGACUACGUACGAGAUAACGAAGGCGGUGGAAUCUUCUGCUAGAAGUGGAGCAAUAAGAUUUGGUUUAAAACUAUUAAAUUGUUAGCGUUUUAGGUAAUAUUUUCAUAAAAUGUUACCCAUUCCCGAAAUUUGCUUACGUAAGGAUGAAUUGUUCAUAGUAGCUUGGAUUGUUAAGUUAUAGUACCUGUAUUAUUAUUUAUUAGGACUCUGAAAUGAAAUACACAUGCCUUCAACUUUUCUUGGA